GUCAUACAUAUCUGCUGCGCUGACACGGAUCAGACCAACGAGGAAACAAACAACAAGCGCACAAUACACCGCCGGAACAAGUUAAGAAAAUGGGACCUUGGACACAUUUUCUUGCCUUGGCCAUGGCUCUCUGUCUGUGCCAGAGUGAAAUCACAGAAGAAAAACUGAGCACCCUGGACGUGUCAUUCUGCAAAGGCAGUUUGAAGGUGAUCUAUCCAAAGUUGGACAUCAGUGAAUGUCUUGUGAUCCCACAGCACUUUAGAGAGGAGAUCAGCACAGUGUGGAAGGCCCCAGACAUUUACUUUUCAGCAGCCAAGGAGAAAAAGUUGUACGUCCUGGUGAUGGUUGAUCCUGAUGCAAAAAGUCGUGCUGAUCCAGAAUUCGCCUACUGGCGGCACUGGCUGGUCGCGGACAUUCAGGGCACUUCACUCAAAAAAGGACACAUAAAAGGCACCACACUAACUGACUAUCGCCCACCGACACCACCAAGCAAAUCUGGCUUUCACCGUUACCAGUUCAUGUUGUUAGAGCAGCCGGCAGACGCCCAAGUGACACUGACUGAGGCAGAGAAGUCUAGCCGAGGCAAAUGGGAUGUUGACGCCUUCCUAAAGCGGGCUGGACUUGGAGCACCUGUGGCCACUCUGCAGUACCUCACUCAAAACUAUAGAGACUGAGAAUUAUGGUUUCAAGUUUUCUUAGAAAUAAAAUAUCCCAAAAUUAUUUUAUAGGCAUCUUGUUUCUUUUGCUCUUGCACAAAAGCAUACAUUAUGAAUUCUCUAUUAAACGUUUGGAAUUUUGGAGAUUGCUGUUACUAUGUAUGACAUAAUAUUAUUCUUCUGUUUUUUAAAGUAGUGCUGGUGAAAUUCUGGUUUAUUUUGCUGCAGGUUUUAGUAUCAGAGGGGGUUGGGAGGAUUUGGGAGAUAGUUUUUGACCUCACUGGGGACUUCGCUUUAGUUUCCAAACAGAGAAGGAAGAUGGCUCGAUAUCACAACUUGGUGUGGAAAGAGUUGAUUCUAAAUUCAGGGGCGGAAACACGUCAGGGCCUAAAAAAGGAAGUAGGAGGUGAAACCGAGACCGCAGCACUGCCGGAUGCCACAGUGGAACUUAAACCAAAAUACUCUAUAGUGACAGGGCAGGGGGAGGGACUGCCCAGUCUGUGGUGAAAUGAACUGUGUUUGUGUAAUUGUUUAUCAUAUUUCCAUUGACCCAACUGUUGAAUUGUCAUAACCAUACUCUUUUCUUUUUUCUGAAUGGCUGAAGUAAAAGCAUCUAAAGUGG